AUGCCCAGUUAUGCCAAGUUCAUGAAAUAUAUGGUCGCUAAGAAGAUAUCGGUUAGUUUUGAGGACGAUGAUCUGAUGCAACACUGUGGUGCUAUUGCUAGAAGGUCUCUUGUUCAAAAGAACGAAAAUCCGGGUGCUUUCACUAUUUCAUGUACAAUCAGGUUGUUUCACUUUGCUAAACCAUUAUGUGAUCUUGGGGAAAGCAUAAAUCUCAUGCCUUUAUCUAUUUAUCAGAAGUUUGCUUUAGGCGACCCAAAGCCCACUGCGAUGCGGCUACUAAUGGACGAUCAAACGGUGGACUUUGAGGUGCCAAUUAUUCUUCAGAGGCCAUUACUGGCUACGGAUCGUGCCUUAGUUGAUAUGAAGAAAGGGAAGAUGAAGUUUCGGUUGAACAAUAAAGAAGCGACUUUCAACAUUUGUAGGUCCGUUAGGAAGAGUGUGAGCUCCAAUCAGUAUCUAUAA